GGAAGGAGAGUCUCAAUCAAGUUUGGAGUCCCUCACUUGGUCUUUUAAAAGUUUUCAAAUGGUCGUCUUUCGGUGGACAAAGAGAUACAGACAUUGAUCAAACAAACACCAGCAUUCAAAAAUUUUGCCCUCCAUUCUCUCAUCAUCUUUUUUUUCUUGGAAAUUCCACUUGCUCACUUACUCUCUUAAAACCCUAAAUCAGUUUCAGAGUUCCUUCUUUUGCUGAAAUUCGUCGAAAAUGGCACCGAAUCCUAAGAUUAAGAAAGCCUGUGACGCUAUGAAGCUUUUAGGAAUAUCAGAGACGAAAACAAGGGCCUUUCUCAGAAAACUUCUCAAGGCCUAUGAUAAUAACUGGGAUUUCAUUGAAGAUGAAGCCUAUAAGGUCCUUCUUGAUGCAAUCUUCGACGAGGCUGAUGCCCAGUCCACAGAAAAGAAAAAGAAAGAAGAGGAAAAGAAGUCCAAAAAUGUAGCAACCAGCAGGGGAAGGAGGAAAGCUCCUGAGCAAACUCAGCCUUUGGUACAAGAUGAGGAGGAUGAUAUGGAUGAAGAUGAAACUCCAUUGAAAAGGAGGUUGCGUAGUAAACGUGGAAGAUGUUCUGAAUACAACACAAACCUUAGCGAAUGCAGUCCCAAAUCACAGAAGCCCAACAAAGAGGAUCCCAAGACUCAGCCUGAAGAGGAAGAGGAAGAUGAAGAUGAUGAUGUGACUGAAUUACCUCCGUUAAAGAGGUACUUACGCAGAAGUGGUGAAAGAGGAUUGGCAAUGACUGUCUAUAACAAUGCAAGUCCUAGCUCCAGCAGUCGCACGUCAAUGGAGCCCAAAGGAGUACCACCAAUGCUUCUAAUCCCAGCUGAUCCUAUACAAGAUGAAAAGGACUCUGAGGCCGAUGCACUUAUUAUCCUCAAUGAUGAGCCCAAUAUAGAUCAUAAGUCUGUGAUUUUAGGAAACUGUUCAGCUCCCAUGCUUGAGAUCGAGAAAUCAAAUAUACAUGUGGAAGAACGGGAUAGGGAAACCAAAGAUAAUCUCAAUGAUACUAUUGCCAUGGAUGUGUCUCCUUCAGCUAUUGGGGAAUCUAGUGAGCAUAAGGUUGCCGCUGCUUCAGUUGAAUUAGCUUCUUCGACUUCUGGUGAGGCGAAGAUUUAUCUAAGUUUUGCGCCUGCAACUGGAGAAACAACGAAUUUGUGUUUGCCUUCUAUGGAGGAUCUUCGGAGAGCAAUGGAGGAGAAGUGUCUCAAGUCGUACAAAAUUGUUCACCCCAAGUUUUCGGUCCUUGGGUUCAUGAAGGACAUGUGUAGCUGUUACAUAGACUUGGCAAAGAAUUCAACCAGCCAGUCACUUGAAACAGAAACCAUAUGUGACAUAAGUAAGGCGGGUGAUGAAAGUGGUGCAGCUGGCAUUUCGAUGGGGUUGGUUGUUGUUCCUGAAUGCGAGAUCUCUGAAGAUGGCUUGAGAGCAAUUAGCAACAUGAAGGACAUUACGGCUGGUGAAGAAAACAUUGAGAUUCCAUGGGUGAAUGAGAUCAACGACAAGGUUCCUUCAUGUUUCCGUUACAUGCGUCAUAGCUUUGUAUUUCAAGAUGCUCCAGUGAAAUUCUCACUCUCAAGUUUCUCUGAUGAGCAAAGCUGCUCCUUUUCCUGUAUCGAAGAUUGCCUGGCUUCAGAAAUGUCGUGCAAUUGUGCAAUUGCUUUUGAUAACGUGUUUGCGUACUCAGUAAAUGGCUUACUCAAAGAAGAAUUCUUGGAAGCUCGGAUCUCUGAGGCCCGCGAUCAACGGAAACAGGUGCUGCAAUUCUGUGAAGAGUGCCCAUUGGAGAGAGCUAAAAAGGUUGAGAUUUUGGAACCAUGCAAAGGGCAUCUGAAGAGGGGAGCCAUUAAAGAGUGUUGGAUCAAAUGUGGUUGCACUAAAAUAUGCGGUAACCGAGUGAUACAAAGAGGAAUACAAAACAAAUUACAGGUGUUUUUCACACCAAAUGGGAAAGGCUGGGGCCUUAGGACGUUGGAGAAACUGCCUAAAGGGGCAUUUAUUUGUGAGUACAUUGGAGAGAUAUUGACAAUUCCGGAGUUAUACCAACGUAGCUUUGAAGGUAAACUCACUUGUCCUUUUAUAUUGGAUGCACAUUGGGGUUCUGAAGAGAGGUUAGAGGAUGACAAAGCUCUGUGUCUUGAUGGGACGCAUUAUGGAAAUAUAUCAGGGUUCCUUAACCACAGAUGUCUUGAUGCAAACUUGAUCGAGAUCCCAGUUCAAGUCGAGACUCCGGAUCAGCAUUAUUAUCAUCUUGCAUUCUUCACAACAAGGGACAUCGAGGCAAUGGAGGAACUCACAUGGGAUUAUGGCGUUGACUUCAACGAUGAUGAAUCUCUGAUGAAACCCUUUGAUUGUCUGUGUGGUAGCAGAUUCUGCAGGAACAAGAAGCGAUCAAAGAAGAUCAUGCAGAUUAUGAACAAAGCAUGAGAGGAGAAUGAAGAAGAAAAGAUAUGAGACCCUCCGUUUUUUGUGAAUGGGACUCUCUUAAUUAACAAACCGUUCCCGGUCAAUUGAUUUUGUAGGUUGGAAAACAAGAUGCUAAGUUGGUUAUUGUGAGAUCAAACUCUGUAUAGCUUAGCUUGAGGGUCUUGUGACUUUUGAUUAAUUUAGAAGUUUGACUAUCUUUAAUUCUAAAUCUCUCUUAAUCACGUUCGUUUUCUUCAAGUAAACCAUAAUUUACAGUACUGGUUAAGACCAAUAGUCAAUAGAUAAGAUGAUCGUAAGAC